AUGCCACCUCGCCCUAUCAUUGACUCGGCCUGGUAUCACAGCAAGGCCUGCUUCAAUAUCAUUAACUUCGCUAAUGAUCUUUUGGCCGUGGCUAUCUUCUUCGUCGGCCGCGUUGACCAGCGAUUCUGGGUUCCGAAUGGAAGCUCGAAAGUGCGCCACUACAGACGAGAUGAGAGCCGCGAGACGGACGUGGAAGCUGCACAGAAUGAAAUUUAUCUUCCAGCUCAUUACAAACGAAAUGUUGAAGGCGAGGAUAGCAACGUGUCUCAUGAGUUGACGGAAGAAAGAAACCAACCCGAGAACACCCCACAGCAUUCUAAGGUGUGCAUCAUUCAAGUGCACUGGUUGUAUUGA